AUGCUGACCCCAAGGAAGCGGAUACAGACCAACAAGGGUCGCUGCCUCCAAUGCCGCACGCGCGUGCCGCUGGUCAAGCAGACCGUCAAUAAGUGCCGCUGCGGGUAUGUCUUCUGCGACGGUCACCGCUUUCACGACCAGCACAGCUGCGACUUUGACAUUGUGGGGCGCGACCGCAAUGUCCUUGAGAAGAGGAAUCCCAAGCUCAACGAACUUCCCAAGGGCGGACGGAGCUUCAACCGCAUCGACUAA